AUGGCUCCCCUGCGCACUUUGACUGAUGCCUAUCAGCGGGCUGCUGAGGAGGAAGCUGGUAAUAUGACUUACCAUUAUCGUACAACGCGUCCAGAUGGCUCUCCCAGCACCGAAACGGUUCAGGUCAUCCGCGACCCGCCUUCUCCACUUUCGAUGCGACAAUCUCGUCGACGCGCCCAGAAUCCCGAAAGACAAAGCUUCCUUGAUCAGCUUGUCGCGGCUGAGCGCGAUACGACAGCAAAUAAGCCGCAUCGUGUAUCGAUUUCAGAAUCAGAGAAUAGUGUCUCAGUGCUCGAAAACGCAACCGAUGAUUCCAUCGGACGCGCUCUACUACGAAACGCGCGAGAUGAGCGACUCCUUGGAAACCUCAAAAAUGGUACGCGUAUAUUCAGCCGCGCGCGACAACGAGAGCGGCCCAGCUUGACCGCUGAAAAUUUGCAAAGAGGGAACCGCUCAGACAGUACGGUACUGCCGGCCCAAGGGGCUGGGUCUGAGGGAACGGGCAGCAGCGGCAGUUCGAAUCUGCCGGUAAAUAUACCGCGAGAAUGGGGCCGAAAGGCGAGAAAACAGCCCGACUGGUUGAAGAGGAUUCAGCUCAAUGAUAUACAGCCUAGGCUAUCACCGUCACCAGACAUUGAGACACCUGCAGAUUCAGGCGCAACGUCUACGCAGAAGCCUUUGAAGAAUACCCGUGCAGGGCCAGAGAUUGACUGGCUUGCGGUUGCAAAUGAGGAAGCUGCCCCCUCAGAGGAAGCCAGCCCGCGCCUGCCGCAGCAGAAUGCACAGCAAUGGUCGCCGCCUCGACAACGUCGUAAUCCCGCGCUGGAUCGGAUACGGGAGUGGGAGGUUGAGGAAGAAUUCACUGCGAGCUCACUUCAGAUCUCCACAAGCCCUCCACUCAAGGGUCUAAACAAGUCACUGAGUGAUAUCAGAGAGAUGGAAGAAGAAGCAGAAGAAGCUAGGAAAGAAGAAUCGGCACGCGAAGAGUCACCCGCAGAGGCUUCACCUAUCGAACCACCGAAGAGGAUAUCUGAGAAAAAAUCCCCAAAGUCAGUUAAAGAGCAAGCAGCUCAAGAUCAAUUACGUUCACCUGGCAGAACAAGUCUACCACCUUCACGAUCACCAGAGUAUAAAGCGAGAACAUCUCCCGUACCAAAGGCAAAAGUUGCGAAUAAGGAAAAUCAGAAGCCGGCACAGGAAGCAAAGUUACCGAAAAUGGAUCCUUCACCACAAAUUUCUUCAAAUCAUGGAGAAGAUUCAACUCUCAAGAAAUUGGAACCCAGUCCUCGAAAACAAGGAGAGGCUUCGCUGUUGUUCGAUGGCCUCGAAGGCAAAGGCGUGGCAAUACCGGACACGCCAGUCAUUGUUUACCACAAUCAACGAGACUCUGGGUCUACUGAUAAGACUUGGAACAAAAGAGCCGAUUCCAAAGCGGAAGUCAAACCCAAACAGCCAGAGGAUGACUUUACAGAUUCACAGGAACUUCUAAGAAGACUAUCAAGAAUAGCCAGUGCAAGCCCCAGUCCAAGGCGAGAAGAUGUUUUGCAGAAGAAACCAGCUGAGCACAAAGCUUCCAAGCCGCAAUCACAUCUCAGUCCGCCAACAGUUAAGCAGCCUGCAACACAAAAGGCUGAUAUUGCUCCCAAAUCUGAAUCACCACUAGAUUCAUUACCGCGGCUACCUACUCCCCCCAACGCGAUCCUCUCAAAACAUGAAGACCGUAAAGACCAACUCAACGGGCUCAAUGUCACGCCGCUGCCAAAACAAAAUCUUCUACCGGCAAAAACGCCCAUUGUAACAGGAGCAUGGAUUGAAACGCCGGCACCGGCGCCCAAGCCGCGUCCGGAGUCACAUCCAAAGGACUCUGUACCGAAAAUCAUCAAAUCCGAACCCACCUCUCAUCCUUCUCGAGCCAUUAAGAAAGAGGACUCUGCCGAACCAAAACCCUCUGCACCGUCAGCACAAGAAUCAAAGCAGGAAGAUCCAACUUCCACGAAAUUAGAAUAUCAAGGACCGCCCCUUCCGCGCUCCGCUCUUUCUUCUAUCAUCCAGCGAGCCAAACGCAAGCAAGAAAAAAACAAAUCCGACGACGCUGCUGCCACCAAUAGCUCCUCUGCCGCUGCCACUGGAGAUCGACCUGGCUCCCGCUCCGGGUCCGGAUCCGGAUCCAGCGACGAAGAUCAGUUACGCCUGGGCGAUUCCACCAUCGACUCGCUCGAGGAUCUCAUGGCCACAACGAUGACCAUGCACGACUCCACUCACCUCACCGGCCUGACUGAAGACGACCGCAACGCGAUCGAGGCCGAACUCGACAUGAUUGAAAAGGACGAGCACGGCCGGCCGUUUACCAAAGCCGAACGGGAGCGCCAACAGGAAAUGCUCGCGUACGAGCGCAUGAACCGCCGUCUUCGAAGUCUUGGGACGAGCAUCCGCGAUGCGAAGCGCGGGAUCGAAGGCCUCGAACAUAAAUUUGAUUCCGGCACCGCGCCUCCACCGUGCAAAGUAUGCGGCUGCACGGCUGCUCUUCCUAGCAGCGGCGGCGGUACAGGCAAGAGGCUGCAUUACGAUGAUUGUAACAAGUGGCAUAUUUUCGCGUGGCCGUUUCCAACAGUAUAUCAGUGGCCGAGCGAUAGUCGGCGGCCCCGUCUCACUUGGUUCGGACUCUUUUGGGUCUUAUUCUGGGCUUAUGUUAUUUCGGAAAUCACUAUAAACGAACUCUGGGGCCACAAAUUCUACACCUCCAUUCCUUUUGAAGGCUACGGCGUCGAUAUCAACGCCCCACGUCCACCGUUUGCCACGUUCAAGUAUCUCUUCAAACCGAUACAGUUUGCCUUUCGCCCCUUCAUAGCGCUCUGCAUGGAGCUUUAUGGAAUAGGAUAA